AUGGAUAACUACUGUCCACCUGAGUGUGCCUGCUAUGGAAGAGUGGUUCAGUGCUCAGACAAAGGUGUGGAUAGAGUUCCUUACGGCAUUCCCUAUAAUGCUCGCUACAUCCUCCUCAUGAAUAACCACAUCGACAGCAUCCAGCUGGACCUGCUCAAUGAGUAUGUCUCAAUGGAGUUCCUUGUAAUGAGCAACAAUCGGCUCACAGAUGGUACCAUAGAAGGAGCCUUUGAGGGGGUCCCAGCUCUGAAACGCCUCUACCUGGAUAGGAACCUCCUAAAAAGUGUGCCAACUGACCUUCCAGUAUCUCUCGAGGAGCUUCGUCUGGACAAUAACCAGUUGGGUGUGAUGUCGGAGGCAGCCUGGGCCCGGUGCCCCGGCCUCCUGGUGCUGAGCCUCAGCAACAACAGCCUGGGGAAUGGAUCUGAAUCUCUUCCUAAUGCAGUGCUCUCUCCUCUGUGCAACCUGCGUACCCUGAACCUGGAUCACAACCAGUUAACAUCGGUUCCUCAGGGUUUACCACUGUCCAUCAAGGAGCUGUAUCUUAAAGGGAAUCUCAUUGGGCAGUUUCGUGGAGGAGCCUUCAAUGGGGUGUCAGAGCUGUUGGUGUUAGACCUGAGUGCAAACAGACUGACGAACAAAGGUCUUCUCAGGGAGUCCCUCCUCAAUGCAACACACUUGGAAAGCCUCAACUUGGAGGGGAACAGACUGAAACAAGUGCCACGACACCUUCCCCGCUCACUGAAAACCCUAAAUCUGGAGGGAAACCUCAUAUUGUCCAUAAAGAAAGCAGCUUUCAGCACCUUGAAAAACUUGGAACACCUGGGCUUGGCCAGGAAUAAGAUUUUCAAAGUUGCAAUAGGUGCAUUCAGGACAUUGCCUGUCCUGCACCAGUUAGACCUUUGCCACAACACCUUGCGCCAAGUUCCAAGACAACUGCCGCAGGGUUUGCAUUCAGUAGCACUCAGCAACAACAAGAUUCAGUCAGUGCCUCGUGAUGCUUUCUGCUGGGGUGAUAAAAGUCUGACUCUCAGCAGGCUCAUACGAGUGCAGCUGGAACACAAUUUAAUUGAUAUGGGGAAGCUGGAUGCACAGGCUUUUAGAUGCUUACGGGGAUUCCAGGUGUUGCACUUCUACUGA